GAGGGGGUCACGUCGCUCGUUAAGAGUACGGAGGUGAUGUGAUGUCACGGCCCUGGGACGCCAUCUGCUUUCUUUCUGAACUGACGUUCACAUCGUCUGAGAAGCGUUCCGCUUAAGCUGGCGUGGCCGUCGUCCCAAUCGGAUCUCUCCAGACUAAUCCCGAGGGUCACGUGACCACCAGGAUUUCUCGAUUGGAUGCUCACGGGAGCUCAAAAGCCUGGCACGAGCGACAUGCUGACAGUUACUGUGGGAGAGGGAGGGGAAGAAAAAACAAAAAACAACUUGAAAGGAAUUGGAUUUGGGAAGUGAAGAAAAGAUUGAGGAUGUGUUUGCGACUGGAGGACAGAGAUGAACGAGGGAUGGCGUAAUAAUAAUAAUAAUAAUAACGGAAUGUAGCUUGAGCAACUACAUGAGUGUCAAGAUUUUUAUCACAGAAAGCUAAAAGAAGAACCUCCACAGAGUGAAGAAGAACCGAGCGAUCCAACCCCAGCUUAGAGUCAGGAAUCAGAAGACGAGAUGAGGCAGGGGUCGUGUGUAAGGAGCGUGAGCGACUGGUGUGAAGUGGAUUUUGCUUUCAACUGCACCCACCUGGUCCACGACCAGCCCUCUGAACCUGACUUCCACCUGCCCAGAGCCAUGACCUCCAUCCCACAUAACCUCACCUUCCAGUACGACUCUGACAACGAGGUCACGGGUGUUUUCAGCAAGGAGUUCCUCCCCCAGGGCACACGCUUCGGCCCCCUGCAGGGUAACAUUUACGCCAAAGACGCGGUGCCACCCCAUGCCAACAGGAAAUAUUUUUGGAGGGUGAGUGAAACCAUUCUUUUAGACUGCAAGUACUCCUGGCAACCGAGCCGAUUGUUUACGCACACUCACAGCGGGAACAAUGCAGCUAAACUUGUUCAGGAUGGAAUUUCUGAGGAAGCGCCCGCACGCGCUUAA